GUGAUGACAAAAAAGGGGCUCCACCCCUUUCCCCUCCCCCACCGCCGCCAUGGCCCCCCCAGGGACCUUCGGCCUCGUCCUGCUGCUGAUGGGAGCCGCCGCCGCCCAAUCAGAAUGUUCCGGCUGCCUCCCGGGGCCGGGGCCAAUCGCGGCGCUCGUGGCCGCUGACGUCAUCGUGACGCUGCUGAUCGCGGGCGGAGCCUAUUGGCUGGCGGGGCGGGGACAGAGAGCCCCGCCCACGCCCCGCCCCCCGGAGCAGGACUCGCACUACCAGGAGCUGCAGGGCGCGCGCGGGGACCUCUACAGCGAACUCAAGCGCUGAUCGCGCCCCCCGCGCUGCUCCUCCGUUAUUAAAACGCUUUUUGUCGCCA